GAUUGGAGAGCUUCAAAUUGGUGAUCGUUCUUUCUAUCUCUAGGGCAUGCAACUGAUCGCCCUCCAGCACGGCAGAUCAUAGCAGAUCAUCAUGGCAUCAACAUCACAGUUCAUCGGGCUUGCGAAGUCGCUGCCCGCGCCCUUGCAGCGCUUCUUCGCCCGCUAUCCUCCCGCCGCCAUCCUCCCCGAAAACGCCCCAAAGACCCGAUACCAGGAGGACAGGCCGAACCCUUUUCGCUUCUACAAGCACCCCGUGACAGGGAAAUGGCAGGACCCUGUCUACUCGCAGCGUCGCCAGGCUGAGCUGGUCAAGAUGGCCCGUGAGAACGGCGUCGAGGAUCUGCUCCCAGAAACACGAAAGGGCACUGAGUACCAGCUAGCUCAUCGGGUUGAGCAUGGUUUGAGAGUCAAGGGUACUGGUGUGGGACAGAAGGUCAAGGGUCAUAUCCACGAACGACAUAUGAUUGCAAAGAUGGAGACGAGAAGAAAAGCCAUGUUGGAUAUGCCCAGUCUUAUCAAGCGCUGGAAGAGGGUGGGCAAAUAUGGUUGGACCAAGUUCCCCAAAUAAACAAGAAGACGAGAGAUGGAAUGGCUACUUUGGCGCGCCCUGUACAUUCACCAUGUAUUUCUAUGUACAACAAUAUCAGCAACCGUCUUGUCGAAGAACGAUUCUGCUUUCAAGAUCCAGCCUCCUGUUCGUAAAAAUCAAACCAUCCAACUGCCAUUGGGUCUGAAAGUUUUGAGACAUGAAUUCCCUAUCUUCUACAGCAACUAACACUGAUAUGGCUCUCAUUUCUCCACGCAACCUAGAUGUCUGCCAUUUCGCAAUAUCUCUAUCCAUCAUCUGGUUAUAUGCGUAUCACGUGAUAUCGAAUAUUGAAGCCUUCAACUUUUUGGUUGUCCAGAAUUCACUUCAUAAACGCAC